UAUAGGAAGUCAUUGUAGAGCAACACUGGAGCGAUUAGCAGCAAAAAGGGGGAGCCUGAUGUCGAGGAGUCAGCCCUAUGUAUAUCUCUCUAUACGCCUCAACUUUUAACACAAAGUUCAAUAUCCAAACACAAAAAGCGACGUGGACUACGCAGACCCCGCACUUUGCUUCCCCGCAUGUUCACUGAAUGUAACAUCCAUGGACCAUCCAAGCCGCUUGUAAACGUGGAUUUUCUCUCUUGGGUUUUUAUUUCUCAACUAUUUUUUUAAUUUAUUUUUUUCCCUGCAACUCCCGAUUUCAUUUUUGCUGACUUUCUCCUGGGUUCGCAUCGGAAGUAGAAGCACCUCGCUGAUGUUAUGACGACUCCAUCACUCCUUUCUUAACAUGGAAGGAUCCAGUGGGUCGAGUUUUGGGAUAGACACUAUUUUAUCCAGCGCGUCUAACUCUGGCAACCCCGUGCUGAUGAACGGAGAUUUUCGCCUCGGCGACAGCAGGACCGCGGAUUUCAGGAGCCUGGCGACCCCUUCGCCAUGCUCGGAGAUAGACACUGUGGGAACGGCCCCUUCGUCCCCCAUCUCGGUCACCAUGGAGCACGCCGCCGAUCCGCAUCUGGUCCAGGACAGCCUUCAGCAGCAUCACCACCACCACCACCACAACCACAACCAGCCGCAGAGUUUGCCGCUGUCGCCCCAGCAGCAGCAGCCGCUCGCCGGGGCCGGCUGCGCCCCGAGGAGCGCCACCUCCUCGUUCCUAAUCAAAGACAUUUUGGGCGACAGCAAACCGCUGGCCGCCUGCGCACCUUACAGCACCAGUGUGUCCUCGCCCCAUCACACGCCAAAACCAGAAAGUGCCACGGCCCCGGACGGCUUCAGGCCCAAGUUGGAACAGGACGACAUCAGAGGGAAGUUGGACAAAAGAGACGACAUUCACAGCGAACUGAAAUGCAACGGGGCUAAAGAGGAAGGCGACCGGGAAAUCUCCAGCAGCAGAGACAGUCCCCAGAUGCGCACGAAAAAGCCUCGCAAAGCACGGACAGCCUUUACCGACCACCAGCUCAACCAGCUGGAGAGGAGCUUCGAGCGACAGAAAUACCUCAGCGUGCAGGACCGCAUGGACCUGGCCGCGGCUCUCAACCUGACCGACACACAAGUCAAGACGUGGUACCAAAACAGACGGACGAAGUGGAAGAGGCAAACGGCGGUCGGAUUAGAGCUGCUGGCUGAAGCAGGAAACUACUCGGCCUUACAGAGAAUGUUCCCGUCGCCCUAUUUCUACCACCCGAGCCUGCUGGGCACCGUGGACAGCACGACGGCGGCCGCGGCAGCCGCAGCCAUGUACAGCAGUAUGUACCGGACUCCUACCGCGCCGCACCCCAACCUCCAGAGACCUCUGGUCCCGAGGGUGCUCAUUCAUGGCUUUGGGCCAGGGGGGCAACCGGCACUAAACCCUCUGUCUAACCCCAUGUCCGGACAGCGAUAGAACUCGAUACAAGACGAGCAAAGACGAUGAGACCAGAAACCUGGUUGAAGACGUGAUGUGAGUAACUGCAUCGGAACCACAUUGCGGGACUUGUGCUCUCUCUCUCUCUCUCAAAAAAGACCAAUUUAAAGACAUUUUACAGAAGUAAAGGAGGUAUUUAAUAUAGGCCCAAAUAGCCUGAGGCCAGUCCUAAAGACUCUCUCUGUCCGGGCCGAGACAGACCACGAGGACGGCUCAUGUCUGAUUGUUUGUUUGUUUGUCUUUUGUACAAA